AACUUCGAGCUUGUAUGGCGAGGCCCGAUGCGCAACGGUGCUGUAUUUACGGAGCGCUGCUCUCGAGAUGCGUGGCUGAUGAAGAUACCUGGAAACUUUGUUGUGAAGAAUGAUUGCCUGCUAUUUUGCAUGAAGUUGCCGUCUUAAAAGAGAGAGAGAGAGAGAGUCUGACCUGCGCGAUACCUUUCCAUUCAAAGGUGUGCUCUCAUCUCUCCUGAAGCUUCACCACGGCCCUCACCUGCGUGCUCCACUGUUUCUCCUGCGAGUCGUCCUGGGCUGACCGGCCCUUCCUGCUCCGCCCCCGUGCCGUCUCUCCCGCCACGGUUGCCAUGACGCGCUCCAAAACCUUCCAGGCCUACCUGCCCAACUGCCAUCGCACAUACAGCUGCAUUCACUGCCGAGCACACCUGGCCAACCACGAUGAGCUCAUCUCAAAGUCUUUUCAAGGGAGUCAAGGCAGGGCCUACCUCUUCAACUCUGUGGUGAAUGUAGGUUGCGGGCCGGCGGAGGAGAGAGUGCUGCUGACAGGCCUUCACGCGGUGGCCGAUAUCUACUGUGAAAACUGUAAAACUACUCUGGGCUGGAAAUACGAGCAUGCCUUCGAAAGCAGUCAGAAGUACAAGGAGGGCAAAUUCAUCAUCGAGCUGGCCCACAUGAUCAAGGACAACGGGUGGGACUGAAAACCCUGGACUCCCCACGGCCCGUAACGCUGGAAAGAGACGUGCAGCAUAUGAAUAAAUAGUUUCAUUAUCUGGCUGUAACCUUCUCCCUGGAAAUCUAUCUACCUGACACGCACCUCUAAACCUUGAGGGUGCAAGGUUCAUAGCAGCAGCGCUACCCAAUUCCUCUUGUGUAUAUACGAACGAAUGUGUGCCAUCUAGACACCAAGUGUUUCUAUUGUGUGAGUAUUUUCCUAUUCAAUUCAAGGGAGUGUGUGCGAGCAAAUCCAGGCACAAAUCGACGUUCGCUUUCCCCGGGGGUUGGGGGGGUUGGCCAAGGUCACAGUUUUGUCCCACACUCAGGUUUAACUAAUGGCUGGAUCCAUGGUGAAGAAGGGUGAAAGACGAACCCAUUUAGCACGGCACCUUUUAUCUCAUCUGAGGGCGAAAAACGCAAGCGUCGUCCAACUGUUUCCCCUUUUCUUUCGUGUCUUUGUUUCCUCCGGUCACUUGCAUGUUGUUUAUUUAUACGUGUAUUUAUUGAUCUGUUCGUUACGUUUAUGGUAAACCGUAGCAACCACAGUGGUCUUACUUUGACCUCGUAUAGCGGAAGUAGCGACGUUUGAUAGAGGUUUGUACGUACGCUUCCUCUCCAGAUUGUGAUCUGUCUCCGUUUGAAUGUGAUUAUGGAGUAAAUGAGGCAUUCGUAUGCCGUUUAUAGGGCACAGGUCGCGUACAUUAGCUAGAGCUUCGCCCCAGACGCAGCUGAGAAAAGCAGCUGUCAGCUUUGAAAGGGAACUGAGGCGUUCUCACAGCCCGUGAUGUCCCCUUCGGUCUCAUUAGUUCCCGCCGUUAAAUCACAAAUCAAGUGGUAAACCAGGCUUUCUCACCACGCGUAUUGAGGAAGAAAGCGAUCGACAGCUAGUAAAUGUGGACGCUGAAUGAGGUAAUCCAGAUGGGGCUCGUAAAUAAAAAGCCUUGGCGCAACCAAAGACUCUUUCAUCACCUGCGAUGACCAAACUGAGUUCGAAUUCCUGAUUUAAGGCCUGUUCACACCAAUGACAGUAACGAUAAAUAUAAAGUUUUAAAACAGUAACGAUAAAUAUAAAGUUUUCACGACUGCAGCGAUAACGACGCAGAUGAACAAUAAUGAUUUUCGUUUCAGCUGAUGAACGAUAAAUACAUUGACAGCCAAUCAGAAAGCACUUGACUUUAACAAGCAUGAGAACCUGUAAGACCCUAUGGAGGGUCAGAAAGCUCUCAGAUUUCAUCAAAAACAUCUUAAUUUGUACUCUGAAGAUCAACAAAGGUCUUACAGGUUUGAAACAACGUGAGGGCGAGUAAUUAAUGACAGUAUCUUCAUUUUUGGGUGAACUAACCCUUUAAUGCAGUGCUUGCUUAUAAUGAACAGAAAUUAGCUUUGGCUGGUUAUCAUUAUAGUUAUUGUUCUUGGUGUUAACAGACCUUUAGAUGCAUCGUUGUGUGUCAUUUGGUUGAGUUGAAUUGUCUUGUGCAGAACAAGUCGAUUUUACUUUGAUUUAGGUGUUUUGGGUGUUAACGUAUAAUGUCUUAUUUUAAGUAUGUAUUUAUGAUCAGUCAUCACGUAUUGUUUUAGCAGUCAAUCUUACAUUUGUGUAUUUAUCGUUCUGUGGGACCGCUCCAUCUAUUCCAACAUUUUUUUUUAAUUCAAUUUUUUUUUUUUUCAAGAAACGUUUGUGUGAGAUAAAUUUGGAAUCAGUAUAUUUUAAUCUGAUAUCAAUAAAGCUCUCAUUUUAUGAA